GUAACCUCUCUUCUCCUUCGUCAAAACUCAUUUGCUCUCUCCAAGUACCACAACAAAAGUUUGAACAAGAAGCAAGACUUAUUAAAGAUGCUCAAGUUGUUGCGAAAUCUUCGAAAAAGCCCGCGUGUGGCGGAUGAAAGCGCGUUACCUUCCACGGCGGUUGACGGCGAUCACGGGGGAGAAGACGGGAGUAAUAACGGCGUGAUGAUGAAGUUCCCGUUGUCGAUCAUGUCAUGUUUUGCGGUUCCACGUGUGAGCAAGACAGAUGGUGUGUGGGUGUCGGGAGAUUACGGUAGGGUCUCGUCGGAGGUUAACCAUCUCAUGGUUUGUGAUGGCAUGAGAUACGCUCUCUUAAUGUAAUUAUUAUAUCUCGAACUUAAUUAGCUAGUACUUAACUACUUAAGACACAUUUGUUUUGUGUUAAUGGCUUUUAUAUUAGGGAAUCUAGUGAGAUAUACAAAUGCUUUUCACUUUUGUUUUGUUUUUUUUUUUUUUUCUUUUGAGUCCAUGAGGCUUGUGUUGAGUAAAGAAGAUGUCCUAGUUAGGAAUCUUUAACUUUUUCUUUUGAGUUUUUUACUUACACAUCUGCUUUUUGAUAUUUUAACUGCUAUACUCGUGGUGAGAAAACUACCCACAUACACAUAA